AUGGCUCCCUCUACGUUCAAAAAGCUCCAGGACCGCCACGUCCUCGUCAUCGGCGGCACGUCCGGGAUUGGCUAUGCCGUUGCCGAGGGGGCCCUGGCAGACGGGGCCCGCGUCACGGUGGCUUCGUCGACACAAGCCCGCAUCGACACGGCCGUCCGCACCUUGGCUGCAGAGUAUGGCCCCGCAGGAGCGGUCCAGCGCGUCCAGGGCGUCCGGUGCGACCUGGCGUCGGGGGACGUGGAGGCCCGCCUGGAGGCGCUCUUUGUCGCCGCCGUCGCCGGCCACGGCGGCCGCCCCGUCGACCACGUCGUCUACACCGCCGCCAACGGCCUGGCCAUCGGCCCGCUGGCCGACGUGACCCGCGACAGCAUCCUCGCGGGCGCCCAGAUGCGCAUGUUCGUCCCCAUCCUGCUCGCCAAAGUCGCCCAGCGCCACCUACCCAAAGCCAGCACGUCCUCCCUCACCUUCACGUCGGGCCAGGCCACGGAGCUGCCGCCGCCCGACUGGUCCGUCGUCGUCUUUUUCACGGGCGGCACGGAGGCCCUGACCAAGGGGCUGGCCAUCGACAUGGCCCCUGUGCGCGUCAACACGGUGCUGCCGGGCUUGGUCAAGACGGACUUGUGGAAGUUUUUGCCAGACGAGCAGCGCGACCAGUUCUUUGCCGACAUGGAGAAGCGUCUGCCCGUCGGCGCCAUGGGCCGUCCCGAAGACGUGGCCGAGGCCUACCUGUGGCUGAUGAAGGACCGCUUUGUGACGGGCUCCAUGGCGCAUACCAACGGCGGGGCGUUGAUUAUUUGA